GCAGAAACCAGAAACCAGUUGCUUCACGCUAGUCGUUUGAUGCGUAUCUUUGCGCGUCUUCGGUCGCAAGCACAUGUUGCUUGAUUGAUUAUAUUACCCAUAUUACGUAUUGUGUUGAAUACUAGUGAGUUGGGAUAAAUUCUUCAAAAUGAAGAUCUGGUGGCUGUUGCUUUUUAGUAGUGUAUGGAUUAUUUCCAAUCAAAAUGUGCAAUCAGCAAAAAUCCUUGGCGUAUUCCCAACGUCUUCUAAAUCCCAUUACAUAGUGGGAUCAGCCUUGAUGAAGGCUUUGGCUAACAAAGGCCACGAGGUGACUGUGAUAAGUCCAUUCCCGCAACAGAAGCCCCUGAAGAAUUAUCGUGAUGUUACAACCACUCAAGUGUGGAAAGCUGUAGAACCAAUCGUUGCAAAUCUGUUAGAUAUUGCUAAAAAAGGUGUCAUAGAGAGUAUCAAAAAUACAUAUGAUUUUGGACAUCGUAUCACCAACAGUACCUUGACCGACCCUGCUGUGAUAGAUCUACUUGCCUCAAAUGAAACAUUUGAUUUGAUAGUGUUGGAGAUAUUCAUGAAUGAUGCAAUGAUAGGCUUCUGUCAUCACUUCAAUGCACCCUGCAUCGGAGUAUCGACAUUUGGAGCAUCGAAAUGGACGACUGAUUUAGUUGGCACUCCGUCACCGCCGUCGUACGUCCCGAACGCGUUCCUCGGUUUCUCAGAUCGAAUGUCCUUCAAGGAACGCCUGCUAAAUACUCUGAUGAGUGCAACAGAAAUCGUCGUUGACACCUUUGUAGACAGACCUGCACAAAUUGAAAUGUACCAAAAGGCAUUUCCAGGACAAAAACCUCCAUUUGCGGAGCUAAAGAAAAAAGCGAUAUCUUUGGUACUACUAAACAAUCAUUUUUCUCUCAGUUAUCCUAGGCCAUACGUUACUGGAAUGGUCGAGGUGGGAGGAAUGCAUGUCAAUAGAGUUCCAAAACCACUUCCGGAUAAUAUUCAAAGUUUCUUGGAUACUGCAACCGAUGGCGUUAUCUACUUUUCUAUGGGUUCAAACAUCAAAAGCAAAGAUCUGCCAUUGGAGAAGCGCGAUGCCUUCUUGAAAGUAUUCUCCAAAUUAAAGCAAAAGGUUAUGUGGAAGUGGGAAGAUGCCAACCUGCCAGGAAAACCAGAUAACGUGUUCGUUCAAAGCUGGUGGCCUCAAGAUGACAUUCUGGCGCAUCCUAACGUCAAGCUUUUCAUCACUCAUGGUGGCUUAUUGAGUACUACUGAAUCACUGUAUCACGGAGUGCCAGUGAUUGGUAUUCCCGUGUUUGGAGACCAACAUCUCAACAUGGCCAAGGCAGAGCGUGGAGGAUACGGGCUUUCGGUUGCCUAUGCAGAGAUAUCCGAGGCAAAACUUAGCAAUGCUAUCAAUACGAUUUUAAACGAUCCGCAGUUUAAAGCAAAUGCUUUAGCAAUUUCCCAAAGGUACCGCGAUCAACCGUUGAAGCCCAUAGAGCUGGCCGUAUUUUGGGCUGAAUAUGUCAUUCGACAUAAAGGUGCUCCGCACAUACGAUCAGCAGCGAUGGACCUUAGCUUGGUGCAGUAUCACAACCUUGACGUGUUGGGUCUAUUAAUAGGGCUACCAAUAUUUAUUCUACACUUACUUGUUAAGUUAGUUUGUCGAAAGAAGUCCCCUAAACCGUCCAAUAAGAAAGAUGAAAGAAAGAAAAGAAAUUAGUGUAUUUAAAAGCACCUUUCGGAUAGAACAGUAUUUGUCAAUUAGAAAAGUUUUUUAUUCCAGAUAAUUAAAGAGAUAUACAUUUUA